AUGAGCUUACUAUUUAAUAAGAUGUCUCGCUACCGAGAAUGGGAUCUUUCUUGUAAAGUCUACGUGGGAAAUCUUGGCACCAAUGCAUCGAAAUAUGAAAUUGAAAAGGUGUUCUCAAAAUAUGGUAACAUAAGAAAUGUGUGGGUGGCGAGAAACCCGCCUGGAUUUGCGUUUGUUGAAUUUGAAGAUCCACGGGAUGCUGAAGAUUCCGUACGAGGGUUGGACGGCACCCGCUGCUGUGGAACCCGCAUCCGUGUUGAAAUGUCGAAUGGUCGCACCAGAAGAGAUAGGCGAUACUCCAGGUCCAUUUUAUCAACCAACCACCAACACACCAACGACCUCACCACAUGUCUUCACCACAACUACGGCUCGUUAACCAAUAUGACAUCCGCGAACGCCGCUCGCUACAACAUCCCGCUCAACUUCUGCGAUCGGCUCUCCAAACUUCUGCGCGCAGCCGAAGUCGUCUCCAACAUCUGCGUCCCCAUAACUUACCUCCUGACUGCCAUCACCUAG